AUGGUCGGUAGCAACCGCGAAUGCCCUCGCUGUAUCCCCGGUUUUACCCUCAAUUGGAUCGUCUUCAGGGGAGGGUUCAAGACCUCAAAAGACGCAGACUCCGCUGCUACACACCUUAACAUGGUCUGCCAGAAAUGGAAUGAUCUUGACGUGGGCGUCAAGUCCGACUGGAUCAAGAACCUAGCGGACAAAACUUUUACCUUGUGA